CUUGAGAGGCGUGGAUUUUGGCUUUCAUUACUCUCUCUUUCCUCUGUCUCUCUGUGGCAGUCAACAACAGCCCAUCGAUGAAAAUGUCUGCUUUGAGCCAUAAAAAAAAAGGAGAGAAAGUGAGAGAGGGCGAGCCAGUUUUUGUCUUCAAAAUCUCUCCUUGUUUCUUUCACAUGAUUAAUCAUGUCCAUUAAUAAUCUCUUUCUCUUUCUCUUUCACCUUCCUUCCAGCUUUUGACAUCCUUGAAGCAGACAAUAUCAUUCAAAUCCUACUGAUCUAUUCUCUUGUUUCUCUUUUCUCUAAAUUUUCACUCUAUAAAGGCACAUGGAUAUGUGGGUUAAAUUGCCAGAACAUCAUUGGUACAGGAGAGAAAGCUCAUCUUUCUCUUCAACUCUUCUCGAUUCUAUCUAUCGUUCGAUUGAUGAACCCAACGGUGGUAAAGCAAAAGAAGAGCUGAUUUUCAUCAGAGAGGCUGCCAUGGCGAAGAAGCACGGCAACAACCAUUCGUUGAAGGAAGAAGAAAUGACGAGCCUUCAACGUGCUUGGAUGAUCGAGAAAUGGAUGGAAAAGAAGGCUGAUGAUAAUAAUGUUUUCAUUAGAAGAAAACCCGGGGCGGAUUCUCAAAGAAAUUUCCGAAACAACUUUGAUCCUGUGUUGUUAAAUUCCAGUUCCAGCUCUUCUGAUUCUAGCUCCGGUGGUGGGUUUUCAUCCUCAGAGUCAGAUUCCUUUUACGGUGCAAAAUCAAGGUCGUCGUCUUCAGCAUCAAGCCAUUACAUCACUCAUAGACCUAAACCUAUUCGGACCGGCGUCUCAGCUCGGCUACCUGAAGUCGAAAACAGUUUCCACGGCGCCACACAGCAAAAGCAGAAGCAUGAAGGUGGUUUCGUGAGAACAAAAUCCAAGGCCUCGAAGAUUUACAAUGACCUCAAAAAGGUCAAGCAGCCCAUCUCUCCAGGUGGUAAAUUUGCAACCUUCCUCAACUCGCUUUUCACCGCUGGGAAUACGAAGAAGACAAAGAUUUCAUCGUCAAAAUCCGAUCAGGCAACACCGACGUGUUCUUCGGCUUCCUCGUUUUCAAGAUCUUGUCUGAGCAAGACUCCAUCUUCAAGAGGGAACGGGACCAAAAGGUCGGUCAGGUUUUGCCCAAUUAACGAAGUUAUUCACGACGAAGAGAACAUCCGCCAUGAAAAUGAUCAUCAAAAUCAAACGUUAGUCAGAUCAAAACCGACAAGCAAAGAGCUUGAGUUCCGGUUCAGGGAAGAAAAUGGCCGAGUUGUAGAAGCUGCAAAGGAGCUUUUAAAUAGUUACCAUAAGAAGAAGGAAGAGUAUGAUAUGGGAGAUAUCAGCAACGUCAAUGCACUAUCUACCGACGACAUAGAUGACAACGACGAGGACACAGCUAGUGAUGCAAGUUCCGAUCUCUUUGAAUUGAAUAAUCUGUCAGCUAUCGGUAUCGAAAGGUAUCGUGAUGAGUUGCCCGUGUACGAAACAACACGUUUCGAUACUAAUCGAGCCAUUGCCAAUGGUCUGUUUGUGUAAAAUUAGCAGUAAUUAGGUAGGUGUAUCAGUUAAACUGUU